GUAUGGGUGUGUGUGUGUAGAUUAAAACUCUGCAGUGUCAGUGUGAACACAUUACUCUACAGUGGAACAUUAACACGAUGGAGCUCUGUGUGAUUCUCGUCCUUUUAACCGCUCUGCCAGUAAACUCUGUGUUUGUGUACAAGUUCACUGCACUGUUAGGCUGCAGUGACUCUGUGGAUGAAGCGAUCUUAUUAUACGAUCUGGAUCAGAAUGAAAUAGUCUUUGUAGAUUUCAAGGCCAAGCAGCAGUUCGGUCGACUUCCUCCAUUUGCAGACCCCAUCGAUUUCGAACAGUUGUUUGCAGCCAUGUAUGACCAUGCCGUUGCUUCAAAAACCGAGUGCAUUCAAGGCAUGAAAAACUUGAUUGCAGCAGCAGACAGUCCACCUGAGCCCAAAGUUCCUCCAGAGUUCAGCAUCUACACGAGACACCAUGUGGUUCCUGGAGAAAAAAAUAACUUUAUCUGCUUCAUAAGAAAUUUCUAUCCUCCACACAUCACGGUGAAUUGGACGAGGAACGGUGUGUCGGUGACAGAGGGAGUGUACAUCAGCCAGUAUUCAAUAAAUAAUGAUGGAACUUUCAAUUCAUUCUCCACCCUGACCAGUACUCCGAGGGCAGGAGAUGAAUACAGCUGCACGGUGGAGCACGAAGCUCUGGACUCGCCUCAGAUUAGAACAUGGGAUGAAUCGGUUGAACCUCCAUCUGAAACUCCGAGUGAAACUCCGACAGUGGUGCUUGCGGUGGGAAUUGUGGUGGGAAUUCUGGGAUUGGCCACGGGAAUGUUCUUUGUCGUUAAAGCAUCAUGUUUCCGAUAAGUUCCUGUUACAGCACUGAAGUUCAUUACUUUCUGUAAAUUUUCAUGAAUAAAUGUACAUUUUAUCCAUUUAUAGUUACAUUUAAUGUUUGUGAAGCGAGUCAGUUCCUGUUGUCUCUACAGUUAUAGCAGCUAUAAUCAGUGUUUCCCUCAGCAGCUAAACCUCUUAUCACUUCUAAUAAAAAAAAAGCUCCAGAUUGGAUGGAAAUCCCCGGCAGAUACAGUAAAAAUACCUUCUGUGGUGUGUCUGAGGCUGGAAUGUGGAGGAGGAAAUGUUUUUGUGAAUGUUUUAUUUCACUAACUCUUGUACUGUAUCUUUUUAACUCUGAGUUUCAUAUUCAACUCGUCCUUCAGGUUGUAUUGUAUUAUCUCUCAUCAUGACCUCAUUUACAGGAUUUAUUUACUCUAGCAACACUAUAAACAUUCACAGUGAACUAUUCCCUGAAGAAAGAAUGCUUUUAUGGAACUAUACUAAAGCUGAACUAAAAUAUCUGAUGUAAACGUGAUGAAAAUAAAGAUUUUUCAUUUCUGUCCUGAAACUGAGCACAACACUUUUUUAUUCUAAAUG